AUGGAAGAAUAUUUCCAGAUAUCCGACAAGACAAGGACGCUGGAGCACCAGUACACCGAUCUUCUUACAAGAAAGCUGAGGCUGGAGACCUUAAUGGUUGAGGAGGAUUACAAUAGCCUUGUUGCAAGCCAUGAGGAGCUUGUCACUAGGACGAGGGCUUCUGAAGACAGCUACAUAAGGCAGAUAGACGAUCUUAAGGCAAUGAUCGACCAGCUUAGUUGCGACGGGAGCAAGAAAGAAGAUGAGAUCAGGAGACUUGUGGAAGAAAACGAAGCCCUGACGAGCACAGUUCAGAGAUUAGAGAGGAAGGAUAAGGAAAAGAGUGCGGAGGAGGCAAACAGGAAUAGAAACAAGAGCUUGGAGGGGCCUGGAGAAGAUGGAGUAUGGGAAGCAGCAGGCCUUAGGAAGAUGGAUGAGAUGCAUAGGAUUAUCAGGUCUGUCGAAGAUGAGCUACGGGGCAAUCUAAGCAGGCUUCAAGAAGACUGCAUACGAUACAAGGGAGAUGCAGAAAGGAUGAGAUUGGAAAUAGAAAAGCUAGAGCUGAAGAAUGCUGCAAACGUAGAGAAGAUAAGGGAGAUAAAGGAAGACAGAGCUGGUCUGGAGGAUGAGGUGAAGAGGCUGGGACUGGAGAACGCCAGGCUAGCUAGGGAAAACAUAUGUUCUGAGGAGCUUCGGAGAUCCAUAAGUGAGAAGGACGAGAUUAUAUCUGCACUGAAGGAAAAUAUGAGGCAAAAGUCGGAAAUGAUUGAGAUACAGAGGAAGAUGAUUGAGGAUGCUUCACGGGAGAACGGGAUCGUUCUAAAUGAUGAUGUUUGCAAUGUGUUUGAUGAAGAUGUUCUGAAGGCCGAAGAAAGUGGCGAUGAGCUGGAUUUAGGCGACGGAUAUGGCGGCAAAGAACAGCUCUGGGACGGUAUGGCUGUAAAGCCAAGACCUGUGCAAAAGAGAGCCAGCUCCGCAUCUACAAGAAAAAAAACAGGUGUACCCAAGGGGGAAAGAAGCAGAAAGGCUCCGUCAAAAGCAGCCAUAGAUAAGAGCAACAACAGAACAGGUAUUGAUGACAAAAUGGUCAGUAGGCCUAUGGAAAAUAGAGAGGUGCCUACGACUGCAGAAGCAUCUAAAAGGCCGUUUAUCCCCGGAAGCUUACUUAAGCCUGAAAACUCCUCAUACUUUGCAGACUUGACAUUCAACAACUCGAGUCCUAUGAUCCAGAAGAGCCACCUCAAUCUCCCCAAAAAGAAGUAA